CACUCCGCCUUACUCGCCGCACAUUUAUCUCAGAGUUCACGAGCGCGAAAAGGUGCGAUUCCCGCGGAAAGUCGACAGAGACGCCUACGAGCCCGGAGCGCCGCCGGUGAGCAGCAUCAAGUCCGUGAUGGAACCGGCGCCGUUUGUGGCGUCCGUCACCAGCAAUAAUGGAGCAACGUCGCCUUCCAGCAACGGUCAUCAUCAUCAUCAUCAUCACGCCAACGGGAACGGAAGUGUCGUCGGAGAGGUGACAUCUGGCGUCAACGGCCUGAGCUUGACCAACGGCGGUGGCGGCAGUCGCAAGGUGUCGGGCGAGUACAAGUCGCCGCCGGGGUCGGCUAAUUCCGCGCAGGGCGACGGAUUCCAUCUGCGAGGCGCCACUGCUGCUGGCAGCAUCAACAUGCAGGACUCUACUUUCUCGGUUUCCGGCGCGCAAAUUGACGACGACACCCCGAGGCGCUCUACGAUUAAAGUUCACAAUCCACCCGGAGGGAAAUCGUCUGGCGGCUUCUGGUGAGCACCAUUGAUGGAGAACACAUGAUCCUGAUGAUGGGAAGCUGAUACGGAAGACCUUCUUCUCUCAUUUUUGCAGACGAGAGGCUCGCAUUUUUGUUUUAGAUUCUUUCCUUUUUCGAGUCCAAGGUUUGAUCAGAUAUUUCCUUUUGUUUUCCGGCAUGUCGAAAUCAACUUUUUCUUGAGCGUCGAAUUCAGCACAUGUGUAUCAUGAAAGCUUUUUAGAUCAGCGUUCGCAGCUAAAAGAAACCAUGCAAUUUUUUUUUGGGUGGAAAAGCCUAGUCGAUAACAUAAAAAAAAGAACAAAUCGGAAAAAAGGAAGGAAAAAAAUCUUAUGCGGAAAAUUUUCUUUUUAUUUUGUACAUAUAAGGAGGAAAAGUAACUGAAGCUGUUUUAUUGGUGCAGCUGUAAAUUUUCCAAGCCUGCUCCUGGUCUCGGUUUUGCAAAAAGAAAAAGAGAAGAAAAAUUUGCGUUUCGUUAUAUUUGAUCCUAACUCACGCGUUUUAAAACAAGAAAUGUUUGACCGACAAGUUUGGCAAAUAUUUCGCGUAUGUUUUCGUUGUUGAAGAAAAAUUUCAAAAGAGGACGUUGUUGCGUUUCGUUCCAUCACUUUCAAAUUUUGUGUGUUUUUUUUGUGCAUGUUUUUCGAAAAGUUUCGUCGUUGUCGGACGAAUAAUUUGUUUCUUCCCUCUUGUUUCGUUUUGUUUUUUUAUUCCGAUUCGGUUGACUGAUGAUUCGAUGACCAAUCGAAAAAAAAAAAUAUUUUAUCAGUGCUGUUGCUGGAGGUUCUCCUUCGAAUUGCAAACACUUUUUUCUGUGCGCAAAUUAUUCGGAGAUUGCUUGCUUAUAAUUAACUCGCCUUUUGUCCUUUCUUCGGAAUCGCAACUGAGGAGAAUUUCAAGAACUUCAUCCUGCGGCUGAAAUACAAUAUGUUCCUGGAAUUUAUUACAA